AUGGACGCAGGGACAGCUGCUGCGUCGACGCAGAAAGGGAGGCUAAGACAACAGCUUUUGAGUGAGAACCAAGACAUAAACAUGGUAAACAACUUGAGACCAGAAAUGCAGCCUAUGCAACAGUUCCAACAGCAAAGCUAUGGUGGCUACAAUGGCUAUGAUAUGAUGGGAGUUGCACCUGUAGUAGCUACUCCGGUUUCGGAGGGAAGGAAAGGAUCCAUCACGACAACUGGAAUGCAAAAGUUUUUUAAGAGGAACAAGUCAGGGGGACAAGAUUUCAACGAUGACUUUGGAGCAGAUGUCCAGGAUAUAACGCAUAACAGUAACUUGUCUUUCGACGACAUAUCUCAUAUUAGAAAUAGGGGACCUUAUGGAAUGACUGGUACUUCGACAUUAGAUACCACACCUAUAAUACCAACGAUUGGUCCAGGUACUCCUGGAAAACCAACAACGAGCAAUAUUCAAUACAGAAAGCAAAUGAACCAAAGUAAAAAGAUGGCGAUGAUGUCUGGGGCAAGGGCAAUGUCAUUAGCGGGAGGUAAUCCCAUGCAAUCACAAGGAUAUCAAGCUGAUCCGAGAACCAUGUCUUUAAGUUCGAAUGGAAUGGCCCUGGAUCCUAGGACAAUGUCCUUGAGCUCAAAUGGAACACCGGCACCAAGAGCGAUGUCUUUAAAUAAUAGGCCGAUGGGUAACUUCAAUUACGCUGCUGGACCGCCAAAUGGUCCCAGAAUGAUGUCUAUGCGGAACAAUGGUGGAUAUGGAGUUCCUGCUGCUGCGAAUCAAACUAUUCCACCGGGACCUCGGGCUAUGUCUUUAGCAGGGCCUCAACCAGAUCCUAGAGCCAUGUCUUUAUCAAACAAUAAUUAUCAGUUUGCAUCACAAGGGUCUAGGGCCAUGUCUUUGGCAGGGCGACCCCAGCCAGAUCCCAGAACUAUGUCGUUAUCAAAUAAUGGUUCUCAGUUUGCACCACAAGGACCUAGGACCAUGUCUUUGGCGGGAGGUCCCCAACAAGGCCCCCAAGGUCCUAGGACCAUGUCUCUAUCAAAUGGCACUUCUAAUUUCCGUCCUAUGAAUAAUCAGUAUCACUUAGCUAUGCGUCCGCCUCAAUCUCAUCAAUUUCAGCAACAAGGAUAUCAAUAUAAUAGUAGUCUGCUGGAGAACAUGCAGUUUCCUAAAGGCUCUCAUCCGAGCUCAAAUGAUUCUCUUAUGAAUGUCGUCGAGGAAGAUGAAGAAAAUACGAUAUCUAGAAAUAACCUGCAAAAGCAUAAAGAUUUCGAACACACAUCGUCUUCCGCCUUUGAUGAGCAAGAUGAAGAUGACGUUGUUUACAAAUUUGAUCAAGACGAAUCAGAAUCACUUUCUAGGAAAUCGACGAUUAAAAAGUCUAACUCAAUGAGGUUAAGAAAAUUGAACCUAUUCAAUCAAGGUGACGAGUCUGAAGAAUUCGGGACUAAUGAACAAAGAUAUUCACCACAACGCAAGGCUGUUGACGGACUGGGAACUAAUGUAUCUCCACUGUUCAAUUUGACAAGGCUGAACAUGAAUAGAGAAUCCAUAGUUAACAAUGAGGUCGAUUACAAUGAAAUGUUAGAGCAGCGUGAGAAAUUUAAAUCAUUGGGCGCUACUGCAGGUGCGAACAACUCUAAUGCAACUACUUUAACGAAGGAUGUAUUCCUUACUGCAUCGGAAUUUUUAUCACCCGAGAAGAGGUCACAGUUAAAAGAAUCGCCCUUGAAGACUUAUUCUCCUAUGAAGAAUGAUCGUGUUAGGGAGGAUGAAUAUGAAAAUGAAAAUGACACUUCGACAUUAAAAGGUAGGGGAUCGCCUGUUGCGGAAGAACAAAGGCCGAUACCAUUCACAAGCAAGCCCUUACCAAAGCAACCUUCUAUCAGAUCUUUAACGGCUAAUACUGCAUUUGAUAAUUUUAGAACUGAUUCAUCUAUACGAAGCCCUCAUGUAAAGAGGUUUGAAGAGUCACAAGGCUCUGUUAAUAAAUCACUGGUCUACGAUUCCGACGACAGCGAAAAUGAAAAGGAAGUCAACCUCGGGGCGGAAACAUAUCAAGAAGAACUUGAAAGUCGACACGAACAACACCAGGAACAGUUUGAUUCGACUAGCCUGUAUAGCGAAAAGUCUCUGGUGGUAAUAGAGGAUCCAAUGGCGCAUUUUAGUACACGUGAGUCUCUUUCGAAUCGCCUUUCAUCUGAUAAGAGUGCUUUAACUAAUUCUCGAGAGAACUAUUCAUCACCUCUGACUUCAAAUACUUCCAAGUUUUCGAAUAAUUACAAUGAAGGAUUAGGGAACAACUUUGCUCGUAAGGAGGAGCAUAUACCGUUCAACAAUUAUAGUGUGAUUCCAAAUAAUAGGCAAGUUCAAAGUACUGUCAGUAAUUCAAGAGUUCCCAAUGCAAAAAGAAGCUCUCUUGCAUCAGAGCUUAACUCACAAAAGAAAGAUAGACAUUCAAGGAGCUUUUCACUUACUAAUAAAUCUAAAGAUAUAUUUAAAAGAUUAUCAAAAUCAAGCAGGAGAGCAAGCGCUUCGAAUGAGAGUAAAAAUAACGCGUUCCCUGAUGAUUCAUCCAGUGGACUGAGGAGAAGCUCAUUUAUGAAUAAAUCUACUGUACUGCAACUGAUAGAUAAAGGUCGUAGGUCUUCGGGAGGACAGUUUCCCCCUCUGACCCCGAGUUCGACUUCACCCCUAAAAUUUAGUAAGGAUGAGAUGGCAAUAAUGAGUUGUAACAAUGAUUUGUUACACGAAUUACAGCUUGUCACUACAGAAUUAGCAUCUUCGAUAAAGAGAGAAUUAACUCUUGAGAGUCAACUCAAGAAUAAUUCUCCUCAUCUGACCUCCCUCGAAGCUUCACAAUAUGAAGUUAUAGAAAAACUGAGAAUUAUCGCCGACUUACAAGAUAAACUUAACAAGGAAAGACGGCUUCGUUUCAUAAGUGAGGAACAUGCAUUAUUGUUAGAAAAUGGACAGUCUCCUAGCCCUCUAAAAUUGAAUUAUGAAAAGACUGAAAUAUACAAGCAACUUUUGUUCAAAAAUGAUCUUGUGAACCAAUUACAAGACAAAUUGGACGAAUACGAAUCUGGUUCGAGAGAAAAAGACAAUUCAUUGUGGGACAAGUAUAAUGAGCUCUUAAAGGAAAACACUGAAUUAAAGCUCGAAGUUAUCCCUCAAAUGGAAAAGAAGUUCUCAUCUAGACUUCAACAAGUUACUCAAUCCACAUCUAAUAGAGAACUCUCACUAGUUGACAACUCGUUAGAGUAUCAAAAUGAUGAGUACCAAGGAGAAGUUAUGACUUUGAAAAAUCAGAGGGAUGAGUUACGAGAAGCAGUUACGAAGUUAAAUGCAAGUCAUAAUUAUGAAAUGAAACUCGCUAAUGAUAAGCUAGCAUCGUUGAAUAAUAAAUUACAGAGCAUGAAAGUCAUAAACGAAAAGUUAAGUAAAAGAAUAGAAAGUGGAGAGAAAAAAUCUAAGACAUCAUCUACUCUUUUUAAUAAAGGAGGAAAACUACAAGGAUUUCAUAUUAUUAAUCCAAAUCGUACACUUAGUGACGAUUAA